AAAGGAAAAUAUGUUACAUUGCACUCGAAGUGGCUACAAAAGAGAAAAUGUACGAUGAAAGAUAAAAGGACGAUGUUACUGUAUAAAUACUUAUAUACAUGGUAACUGUCACAUUUUCGAAAAUUUAUUUUUAUAGAUUCAUUGCUUUUAGAUUACAAAAUGGAUCAAAAUGAUAAUAAGGUAUAAAAGUGACAACACAAAGAAGACUUAAUUCCUUAAUAGAAGAACUAAGAAUUUUAUAGACAAUGAAUAAUAUUUCUGGACAAUUUCGUAAAACAGUAUGGGAUCCAUUUCUUAUAAUAUCUCAAAUAAUUGCUGUUCAAACUGUUAUGUAUUUUUGCCUUGGGCUAUGGAUUUGGAUUGUUGCUUCUCUUAUAGGGACAACAAAGUCAUUGGACUAUGCUUUUCAUUAUAAGGAAAUACAUGUUAGAGAUUUUGCUGGCCAAUUUAUAAUAGUAAUAUUUGUUUUAAAUGCAUUAAUUGGAGCAUUUGCAUUAUGGUGGUUAGUGCAAAGAACAAAACAGUGUAUGGACUUUGCUUGCACUGCACAUCUGAUACAUUUGUUAUGCUGUUGGGCAUACAAUGCAAGUUUUCCUUCAACUUUUAGUUGGUGGUGUUUAAAUAUUGUAUCUUUAAGUAUAAUGUGUGUUUGUGGUGAAUUUCUUUGUAUGAAAACAGAAUUACAAGCAAUACCAUUAGGUAUGAAUAAUCAAAAGACAGCUCUGUAAAACAUAAUUGUUAUUAUAAAAUGAAAGUUUUAUUUAAGUGAAUAUUACUUUUGAAUUAAAGAAUAUUCAAAGAAGAACUUCAUCUUUUUAUAUUUCCAUUAUAUAUUAUAAUAUUUUUAAAAAUAUUUUUAUAAUUUACUACUUAACAACCUGUAUGUACCAUAUUAUUCACUAAUGAUGAUCUUCUUUGUAAAAUCUUAAGCCACAAUAUCCACAAGUAUGGUUACCAGGUUUAUCCUGAAAUAAAAUAUUAUAUAAUAAUAUGUAAUUAAUACAUUUAUUUAAUCAAUGUUUAAUAAAGAAACUGUAACUAAGUA